AUGCUGUCACUGCAUUACUCGUUUCAGCACACGUUACCCGCAUGCCCCGGUGAGGGGCCUCCACAGAUGAGGAAGAUGUUUAUUGGUGGUCUGAGUCACGAAACAAAUGAUGAUGCCCUGCGUACGUAUUUCACUCAUUGGGGACCUGUAGUGGAUGCCAUUGUAAUAAGAGAUCCAACAACAAAGCAAUCACGAGGAUUUGGCUUUGUUACUUUUGCUACAAUUGCUAGUCUCGAAGCAGCCAUGAUGGACCGACCCCAUGUUAUAGCCGGGAAGACGGUGGAUUCGAAACGUGCUAUUCCACGUGAGCAAAUGACUCCCAUGUUCCCACCACCAUUCUUCUCUUGUGAACAUGCUCCAGGUUGCAAGCUGUUGCUCUCAGGUAUAAAUUGGGACUACCAUACCGUCGAUACCCUCCGUAUUUAUUUCGAGAAAUUUGGCUCACUUGAUCAGGUGGAAAUACUUGGUGAUCGUCGAGGUUUUGGCUUCGUUGUAUUUGAAGACAAACAAAGUGCUGACAAGUGCCUUAGUGAAAAUAAUGGCAGACAUAUUAUUGCCACGAGACGAGUGGAUGUGAGGCCGUUCCCAAAACGCAAUUCAAUGUAUUGGCGUCGCAAUCCAGAUGCACAAAGUGGUGGAAAAAUUGAUGGCGCAACACCACCUGCUCCACCAACACUCUAUGAUCAACUUGCUGCUAUGACUUUGAAUACCAGGUCUACUCAGUACGAUGAAGAUAGUAGUUACGGUGGCACGACCACAGAGGUUUGCUUGAUUUUUACUCCUUUUAGUCGCAAUUUAAAUGCCUUCGUCAAAUAUCAAAUUUGA